AAUGGGGGGCGGCGGCGGCGGCGCAGCUGAGCUCGCGGUGUCCCCGAGCGCCGACGGCCGGGAGGAUGGCCUGGGCUGCGGGUGGGGCGCGUGCCCGACAGCCGGGGCUUCCCUCUGAGCGGCCGUGGCUCCUGCACCUCCCCGGGGUGCCGCCCGGUCGAUGCCGCUAAGGCCAAGGACGUAUAGACGGUCUGCCCGCCCCCACUCACACCGGGAUCAUGACGGUCCCCAAGGAGAUGCCCGAGAAGUGGGCCCGGGCCCAGGCGCCUCCCUCUUGGAGCCGAAAGAAGCCCUCCUGGGGGACAGAAGAAGAAAGGAGGGCGCGGGCUAAUGACCGAGAAUACAAUGAGAAAUUCCAGUAUGCGAGUAACUGCAUCAAGACCUCCAAGUACAAUAUUCUCACCUUCCUGCCUGUCAACCUCUUUGAGCAGUUCCAGGAAGUUGCCAACACUUACUUCCUGUUUCUCCUUAUUCUGCAGUUGAUCCCACAGAUCUCUUCCCUGUCCUGGUUCACCACCAUUGUGCCUUUGGUUCUUGUCCUCACCAUCACAGCUGUUAAAGAUGCCACUGAUGACUAUUUCCGCCACAAGAGUGAUAACCAGGUGAAUAACCGCCAGUCUCAGGUGCUGAUCAAUGGAAUCCUCCAGCAGGAGCAGUGGAUGAAUGUCUGUGUUGGUGAUAUUAUCAAGCUAGAAAAUAACCAGUUUGUGGCGGCGGAUCUCCUCCUCCUUUCCAGCAGUGAGCCCCAUGGGCUGUGUUACAUAGAGACAGCAGAACUUGAUGGUGAGACCAACAUGAAAGUACGUCAGGCGAUUCCAGUCACCUCAGAAUUGGGAGACAUCAGUAAGCUUGCCAAGUUUGAUGGUGAAGUGAUCUGUGAACCUCCCAACAACAAACUGGACAAAUUCAGCGGAACCCUCUACUGGAAGGAAAACAAGUUCCCCCUGAGCAACCAGAACAUGCUGCUGCGGGGCUGUGUGCUGCGAAACACCGAGUGGUGCUUCGGGCUGGUCAUCUUUGCAGGUCCUGACACUAAGUUGAUGCAAAACAGCGGCAGAACAAAGUUCAAAAGAACGAGUAUUGAUCGCCUAAUGAAUACCCUGGUGCUCUGGAUUUUUGGAUUCCUGGUUUGCAUGGGGGUGAUCCUGGCCAUUGGCAAUGCCAUCUGGGAGCACGAGGUGGGGAUGCGCUUCCAGGUCUACCUGCCGUGGGAUGAGGCAGUGGACAGUGCCUUCUUCUCUGGCUUCCUCUCCUUCUGGUCCUACAUCAUCAUCCUCAACACCGUUGUGCCCAUUUCACUGUACGUCAGUACUGAGGUAAGAACUGGCCGAGUGCCUUGUCUACAGCCCCUUCUCCUCCUUUGCUGUCUGUCCUGCCCACCCAGGCCCUUUGCCCCUUCUUGUCUGGAGAGCGUCAGGAGGGUCGGGUCGGGGCAUUCCUCUGCUGGCUGUGUGCAGCCGUCUCCACCUUCAGGCUCUCCUUGCCCUUUCCCACCCAGGUUUCUGUGCCCAGGUGUCUUUCUCCGUUCUCGUCUCUCCCCAGGCGGAGGGCCUGCAGCGAAGGCCCGUGCGGGUGGGGCACCUCCUCCCCUUCCCGACCCAAGCUUCACCUCUUGUCCCCUGUGCAGUGUGGAGGUCAUCCGUUUGGGCCACAGCUACUUCAUCAACUGGGAUAAGAAGAUGUUCUGCAUGAAGAAGCGGACGCCUGCAGAAGCCCGCACCACCACUCUAAACGAGGAGCUGGGCCAGGUGGAGUACAUCUUCUCUGACAAGACGGGCACCCUCACUCAGAACAUUAUGGUUUUCAACAAGUGCUCCAUCAAUGGCCGCAGCUACGGUGAUGUGUUUGAUGUCCUGGGACACAAAGCUGAAUUGGGAGAGAGGCCUGAACCUGUCGACUUCUCCUUCAAUCCUCUGGCUGACAAGAAGUUCUUAUUUUGGGACCCCAGCCUCCUGGAGGCUGUCAAGAUCGGGGACCCCCACACACAUGAGUUCUUCCGCCUCCUUUCCCUGUGUCAUACUGUCAUGUCAGAAGAAAAGAACGAAGGAGAGCUGUACUACAAAGCUCAGUCCCCAGAUGAGGGGGCCCUGGUCACUGCAGCCAGGAACUUUGGUUUUGUUUUCCGCUCUCGCACCCCCAAGACGAUCACUGUCCAUGAGAUGGGCACAGCCAUCACCUACCAGCUGCUGGCCAUCCUGGACUUCAACAAUAUCCGCAAGCGGAUGUCAGUCAUAGUGCGGAAUCCAGAGGGGAAGAUCCGACUCUACUGCAAAGGGGCUGACACUAUCCUGCUGGACAGACUGCACCACUCCACUCAAGAGCUGCUCAGCACCACCACGGACCACCUUAAUGAGUACGCAGGGGAAGGGCUGAGGACCCUGGUGCUGGCCUACAAGGAUCUGGAUGAAGAGUACUAUGAGGAGUGGGCUGAGCGACGCCUCCAAGCCAGCCUGGCCCAGGACAGCCGGGAGGACAGGCUGGCUAGCAUCUACGAGGAGGUUGAGAACAACAUGAUGCUGCUGGGUGCAACGGCCAUUGAGGACAAGCUUCAGCAAGGGGUUCCAGAGACCAUUGCCCUCCUGACACUGGCCAACAUCAAGAUUUGGGUGCUAACCGGAGACAAGCAAGAGACGGCUGUGAACAUCGGCUAUUCCUGCAAGAUGCUGACGGACGACAUGACCGAGGUGUUCAUAGUCACUGGCCAUACUGUCCUGGAGGUGCGGGAGGAGCUCAGGAAAGCCCGGGAGAAGAUGAUGGAUUCAUCCCGCUCCGUAGGCAACGGCUUCACCUACCAGGAGAAGCUUUCUUCUUCCAAGCUAACUUCUGUCCUGGAGGCCGUUGCUGGGGAGUACGCCCUGGUCAUCAAUGGUCACAGCCUGGCCCACGCACUGGAGGCGGACAUGGAGCUGGAGUUUCUGGAGACAGCAUGUGCCUGCAAAGCUGUCAUCUGCUGCCGGGUGACCCCCUUGCAGAAGGCCCAGGUGGUAGAACUGGUCAAGAAGUACAAGAAGGCUGUGACGCUUGCCAUUGGAGACGGAGCCAAUGAUGUCAGCAUGAUCAAAACGGCUCACAUUGGUGUGGGCAUCAGUGGGCAGGAAGGGAUCCAGGCUGUCUUGGCCUCCGACUACUCCUUCUCCCAGUUCAAGUUCCUGCAGCGCCUUUUGCUGGUGCAUGGGCGCUGGUCCUACCUGCGAAUGUGCAAGUUUCUUUGCUAUUUCUUCUACAAAAACUUUGCUUUCACCAUGGUCCACUUCUGGUUUGGCUUCUUCUGCGGCUUCUCAGCCCAGACCGUCUAUGACCAGUAUUUCAUCACCCUGUAUAACAUCGUGUACACCUCCCUGCCAGUCCUGGCUAUGGGGGUCUUUGAUCAGGAUGUCCCUGAGCAGCGGAGCAUGGAGUACCCUAAGCUGUAUGAGCCGGGCCAGCUGAACCUUCUCUUCAACAAGCGGGAGUUCUUCAUCUGCAUCGCCCAGGGCAUCUACACCUCCGUGCUCAUGUUCUUCAUUCCCUACGGGGUGUUUGCCGAUGCCACCCGGGAUGAUGGCACCCAGCUGGCUGACUACCAGUCCUUUGCAGUCACUGUGGCCACAUCCCUGGUCAUUGUGGUUAGCGUGCAGAUUGGGCUGGACACAGGCUACUGGACGGCCAUCAACCACUUCUUCAUCUGGGGCAGCCUUGCUGUUUACUUUGCCAUCCUCUUUGCCAUGCACAGCAAUGGGCUCUUCGACAUGUUUCCCAACCAGUUCCGGUUCGUGGGGAAUGCCCAGAACACCUUGGCCCAGCCCACGGUGUGGCUGACCAUCGUGCUUACCACGGUCGUCUGCAUCAUGCCCGUGGUUGCCUUUAGAUUCCUCAGGCUCAACCUGAAGCCGGAUCUCUCUGACACGGUCCGCUACACGCAGCUGGUGAGGAAGAAGCAGAAAGCCCAGCACCGCUGCAUGCGGCGGGUUGGCCGCACGGGCUCCCGGCGCUCCGGCUAUGCCUUCUCCCACCAGGAGGGCUUCGGGGAGCUCAUCAUGUCUGGCAAGAACAUGCGGCUGAGCUCCCUCGCGCUCUCCAGCUUCACCACCCGCUCCAGCUCUAGCUGGAUUGAGAGCCUGCGCAGGAAAAAGAGUGACAGUGCCAGUAGCCCCAGUGGCGGUGCCGACAAGCCUCUCAAGGGCUGAAGGCCGAAGAUGGAUGCCCUGUGCCAGUGACCAGAGCACUCGGGGCUGGCCAGUCACUGAGGGAACAGUGUCUCGGAACUGCUGGUCCUCACUCCUUGCCUCCUGUCCCCCCGGUAGACUCUGUCCUGCUGGUCCCACCACACAUGGCUGGGACAUCCGUUCCCAGCUGCAGGCCCUUCCAUCAGCUGGGGAGCUAGAGGGAGCAGACCCAAGGGCAGAGCAGAGGCUGAGGCACGGGGAGCCAGCCCCAGUUGGGGACCAGAUGUAGAACCAAAAACAAGAAAAAACUGUGAGAGAUUGCGUCUGCCCCUGCCCUGCUUGGGACCCACAGGGAGACUAUAAUCUCCUUAUUUUUUUACUCCUACUCCCCAGAGGGGCCCUAGUGCCUCUGUUCCUGAAUUACACAAGAAUGUACCAUGCCGGGAAGCCAGAGACCUGCGGGGGCCUCGGCCCCUCACAUUGUGUAUGUCUCUCCUUGAUUUGUGUUGUGUCCAGUUUGGUUUUGUCUUUUUUAUUUGGCAAGUGGAGGAGGCUUUUAUGUGACUUUUAUGUUGUGGUUGGUGUCUUAACUCUCCUGGGAAGAGGAGGCUGGCACACACUGGGAUGCCGCAGCCUGGCCGGCUGUGGGGUGGUUUGGGAGGAUCCAUGUCAGCUCUCCCUGCAGUGACCAGUGCUCUGUGGGACAGAGGAGCUGACCAGGGAGGGAGGUACCCAUCAGCAGAGGGUGGUGGGAGAGUGUGAAGGAGGGUUUGGUCCUGUCUGCUUCCUCACCUUGAGAGUAAAGUGCUGCCCUCUGCCCCUAACACACAUACAUAUCAAUUCCUGGAUUCCUUAGUCCUGCUGGCCUUGGGCUGGAGCCUAGGAAAGUGGCCCCCAAAUCCUUAGUGAGCUAAAGCUGGGUCUGAAAUUUGGUCAGUGGGGAGGGGUAGUUUUCUUUUUUCUUUUUCUUUUGUUUUUGAGAUGGAGUCUCACUCUUGUCAUCCAGGCAAGAGUGCAAUGGCACGAUCUCGGCUCACUGCAACCUCCGCCUCCCGGGUUCAAGCGAUUCUCCUGCCUCAACCUCCUGAGUAGCUGGGAUUACAGGCGCACACCACCACGCUCGGCUAAUUUUUGUAUUUUUAGUAGAGAUGGGGUUUCACCAUGUUGGCCAGGGUGGUCUCAAACUCCUGACCUCGUGAUCUGCCCACCUCAGCCUCCCAAAGUGCUGAGAUUACAGGCGUGAGCCACCAUGCCCAGCUAGGGGAGGGGUAGUUUUCUUUGAUUUUAAAUUUAAACCCAAGUUUAUUGGCAGACUCCCUUUUGACCUCCCUUUGCCUCCCCAUCUGGUGCUUUCUUGCACCUAUACCCCAGGGCCCUGUGGUGGGGCUACAGGGGGAAACUGUGCACCUGAGAUGAGGCUGGAACAGGAAUCGGCCUCUCUGCUCCCUUCUUCAGUAAGCAAGGAGCCCUGCCCCUCAGGCCCAGCCUCUGGCAGGAGGUGGUGGAGUCCUUGUGCCAGGUAGUAGAGGAGGAGAAGGGCAAAACCAGGCCCAGGCCAGCGCCUGGCUUGGUCUGGAUGGGACACUGUCGGAGUUUGGCCACAGCCUGUCCUUUACUUCGUCCACACCUGUGAAGCUAUUCCCUAAAUGAGGUAUUUCCCAAGUUAGUCGCUACCUAAUCAGCCUUGAGAAGAAUCCUUUCCUCUUCUUUGGUAGUGGGUCGGGGGAUACUUCAGGAAUGGUGUGGAGCUGGGAGUGGGUAGGGGGAUUUUAAAUGUUCCAUGUGGGAGCCCCGAAGGAACUGGAGGGGCUGCAGUGAGGUGGGGGUGGGUGGGCAGGGAAUGGGCGAGGGGAAGUCUUGGCAGGGAAAUCCCUUUUGGCCACACAGUUUACAAACCCAGUAUCAUGUCUGUCUGUGUGUCUCUCAAGGUGAGAGUCUGAUUUUUAUACCAAAGAGGAAAUGAUUUUUUUUCAUAUUUUGUUUGUCUAUAUUAUAUAAAUAUAUAUAUAUACAGUUAUAUAUAUAUUAUUUUUUGGUUCUCUCUCGUUUUUUAGGGAGGGAAGAAAGUACCAAGUUGCAUUGAGCUGUAAUUAAGGAACAUUAUAAUUUAUGACACAUUUCUAUACUUGCAAAAAUUAUAUCAUUUUAUGGAUAUAAGAGAAAAUGCCUUUUUAUAAAAUUUCAAUUUCUGAGAA